GGUUUUUGUUACUGAAUGGUCACCAUUAGCAGUAGGCCAAGUUCUGAAGCUGCUGCUGCCAGUGAAAAUCAGGGGCAAACAGGACAGCAACAACAAGCUCAACAGCCGCAGCCUGCACCUCAAAGACAGGUUGUUGUCAGAAGAUUUCAAAUUGCAUUUCAAAUUGAUUUGUUUCUUAUGUUGAAGCUGGCCGCUGUGAUCUUUUUGUUUAACCAAGAUGGAUCAAGGGAGAGGCUUGUUGUUCUCGUGUUCUUUGCUGCUCUUGUAUAUUUAUACCAAACUGGAGCUUUGACACCGAUUAUAAGAUGGCUUUCCCGAGGUAUGCAGAGAGCAACAACACCUCCUCAUCAUAGGGAAAGGGGAGCAUUCUGA